AUGGCCCAUCCACUGCGCACAUGGCUCCUGGCGACUCUGGCGGCCCAUGUCUUUGGAGAAUAUGUGAACGAAGCAGCAGACCCACUCUUUCUUCAAGUGGCCUUAGAGACGCGGGGUCGGGCUGCCCACGACCUCGUGCUCAUGCACAUUCCCUACAACUUUGGGCACACCAUUGAGGAAGUGGCCUUCGCCGGCAGCGGCAGCCUCGACACCUUCAGUUACGCCUUGGGGGUGGUCGAGGGGCCGCUUUCCUUGCUGUCCAAGCAGGAGCGGCUCGCUGACGCCAUGCAGCCCAAUGGGGAGUUGUGGGGCCGCUUGCGCCCGAAUCUCCACGUCAAGUCGGAGGUCACCGGCUGCCCUAUAUACUUCACACCGCCCAAGUACUGGCCACCAGCCUUGGCAGAAGCAUACUUCGGCAACAAGACAGUCUUCGGAAUGCUGCGGGAUCCCUACGAGCGCCUGGUAGCCCAGUUCCGAGGGAAUUACGCGGAUUAUGGCGGCAACUUCCCCGAGUUCUACGAGACCUGUGACGUGGACGGCGCCGUGAAGAGCAUGAUGCAAACAUAUUUGUCGGGGGACAAGUAUGCAGAAGGCUGCACCUACGUGCCUCAAGCGGAGUACUUUGACCCGCCGUAUGGCAUUACCCUUGCGGUGGAUAAUCUGCACUUCCCGGACUCUGCCAACAAGGUCUUUCUCGACCAUGGCUACUCCAACCUCCGAAUUGCCACCCAGGACAUCCUUCAUGUCGACGGCUGCAAUGAGGUUUGGGCUGGCGACCUGAGCUGCGAGACCAAGGCCUUGGUGCGGAAGGUUUACGCUCGAGACUUUGAGCUCAUUUGCAAGUAUUUCGGGCGCUGCGAUGAGAACGCAAAUACCUGCCUGGAAUUGGUGCCAACGAUGUGCCCCAGCAACCUCACGGCCAAGAAAGCCACAGCCACGUACUGCGCAUAG